CAGAGUACAAGUACGGCCCUGGGGACGAGAAGGCUAGUACAGCCUGAGCGCUAAAAAGUGAAAAAGAAACAAGUGCACGGCAGCAAAAAUAACCCAACCGGUAGCGGUACAGGACAGCAACUAGCUCAAGCGACUCUAACCAACGGGGCAUAAUUUCCUUCUCAUCUUAUUAGAAUGGAGUGACAACCUCAGAUAAGAAGAAACCUCGAAGCAAUGGAUUCCAUCACAGGGCUUUUUAAUCAGCUUCUUGAUGCUCACCUCAAUAAAGAACUAUUACGACCCCAGGUCAACCCACUCAAUACCACGCUAGCUAAACACAGAAGGGCUCUGCGUGCAUCAUUGUAUAAGACUCUCUUUGCUCACUUGAAUGGACCCCUGCAGGAUUCCACAUUACCUGAGAACUUAAAUGACAUCAACGAUGGGGGCAUGGCUGCUGGGCUGAAGGAGAGUCUGCUUCAGAUUGUCUUUGAUAUGAGAAGACAGAGGAAGUAUGAUGAAGCUCAUCAGCUGGAGCGAUUAGUGUCAUCAUUACCAGAUGUUGAUAACGGUCACCACUCUGAACUGAAAGCUGCCAUUCAACUCCUGCUUGUCCUAGCUGGUACGGGUCGCAACCAUCAUGAGAAGUCACCUGUUGGACACAGUGAACCAAAUCUGCCAUUAGUUGGACCUCACAACAAGGAUGAGCGUGCAGUCAUUUUACCUUCUGGACCACGUUACCAUGGUGACAGCUGCCAUGUUUAUAACCAAGGAUACCAGGGCUACAUUCAUUACUCCAGGAACCUUUUUGAGGGUCAAAAGUUAGAAGCUGGUCAGCCAUCAAUUGACAAAGGAGAGCGUAGAAACUACAGCACACUUCAAAAUAAGCUCUUUGAAGCUGAACCUGGCAGGGACCUUCUUGGCAAUGGACUUUUCACUCUGAAGGGUCUUCUGGACAACAAGCAUGAGCGUCAGACAAGGGAGACACUUUUCAAUGGUCUAACACACAGUAAAACCAGACAACUGAAUAUCAAGUUAGAUUUCCCUGCGCUACCUGAUACCACCAGCAUGGACUUGCUUGGUCUUCACAUACCAACUCUCUCUGAGCCAUCUGAAGAUGAAGGUUUUCAUGAAUCUUCAUCCCUAUCUACUCCAGCAGUAGAGACACCUGUGAUGAGACAUGACAAUAUCUGGCAGAAGGCAUUGGCAUAUCAACCCAACCGACACUAUACAUGGGAGACUAUUGGCACUAUACCAAGAAACACUGAAAGGCCUUACCUCACAGAAGCUGGGUCGAAAGUGUUUGAUGAAAUGUACAGACUCCGAUGCCAAGAAGCCUCGGUCUUAGAUGCAUCCCUGGAGCGCCCUCUUGUGAUUGUUCUUGACCAGCAUCAGCUGGUCCGAGACAGCAUGUAUGUGUUGCUCAGCGUGCCAUCUCUGACAUUUAGACUGGACAAGGAAGCUCAGUGUUUUGUUGUCAAUCCUGAAGUGUGUUUGACUGGAACCAGCCCUGGUAGCUUCAGCAGCCUACUGGCAGAUCUAGCCCAACCUGGGACUGACCACUACAGAUUGACCAGCUUUGCCCAGCAGAGGGCGCUAGACUCCACCUACACUGGUGGCCUAGUGUUGCAGGCAUUUACUAGUGGCAUCAGACGAUUCCUGCAGUACUAUCAAGCUGUUAUACAGAGGGUGCCAUCGAACAGUAAACUGACAGUGAUGAGACUCAAAGCUAUGUUCAACAAGAUGAUCCAGCAACUGAGAUAUCUAGCUGAUCUGUGUGGCUGUAACCACCCUCUCAACACUAAACCAGGAGAACCAGGCGACUCAUUCCCCCUCGGUAUCAAGCUGCUAUCCUACCUCUAUGAAGAAACCCUAGACUGCAGUCUUCAGGAUAGAUACCAGCUGGUCUUAUCCUUACUCAGGAGUAGUUGUGGACCGUAUCUGAUGUUUAUCCAAGACUGGGUUUUUCAUGGAAUCUGUCGUGAUGUCUUUGGGGAGUUUCUGAUAUCUGUAAGUGAUGAAUACCUUCACUAUCGAGAUAAGCAUUACUGGACUCGGGGAUUUGUCAUGAAGUCAGACAAUGCUGAAGAGAAUGUGCCAUUGUUUCUCAAAGAUCUGGCAUAUGACAUCUAUGUCUGUGGGAAAUCACUGAACUUAAUGCGCCUCUGUUGUCCCGAGCAUUUUCUGUGCAAUCCCGGGGUGACUGUUCCAAGAAUCAGUCUAACUUUCUCUGCAGAAGAGUUAGACAACUCAGCUAAGAGAACAGGGGUGUACAUCAGUCACAUGCAAGCACUGGCCAGGCAGAAAACCAUCUCAAGACAAGAACAGGAGCUAAUAGAUUCUGAAGCAAGACAGGCUUUAGUCAGUCAAGCAAGAAAAGCAGCAUCCGCAGAGCUGAAACGACUCCAAGAUGCGAUUCAGGAGCAGAGAAAUGUAGAGGAUGCCAAGAAGAGACAGGAAUUUCAGCUACUCAAAGAUCAAAUGCAGAGGGAUCUUGUGCGGCGUGCACUAGUUGAAGAGACAGAGAGACAGGAAGAUAUUGAGAGGAUGGAUGCGCUGACUAAGAGGGAAGAAGGCGAAGCCAAAGCUCAGUAUGAACUAGAGCAGAAAGUCAGGGAGGAGGUGAUCAAGUACUAUGCUGGACUAACAGAAGAAGCAGCUGCCCGAGAACGGAAGGCCCUUUGGCGUGUCCGCCGACAUCAGCUGGAUCAAGCACGUGUGGCAUUCCUUGUGAGAGAAGAAUCUAGAAUCAGGCAAGAACUUGCCGACAAACAAUCAGCCUUGACCACUGCUGUUGAUUUGGACGGUGAGGUUAAAGAGGUGUCAGCGGCCAUCGAGGAAUCAAAGGGAGUGGAAGUCACACUUGCAAGUGGGAUUCAGACAGAAAGUGGAAUAGGCCAAAACCUUGAAUCUCUUGGAGCGACAAGUUUGCCUAAUGAUGGAAGUGAUGGGAGUCGGUUGUCUAUGUCACAAGAGGCUCAGGCAUCACAGAUACCAAUGGAAAUGAUGAUACCUCAAUAUGCAGCCAUGCAACAUGCAUCUGAGAAUCCUGUCAGAAAAUCAAACCAAUCCGAACAGGCACGUGUUGAGAUCAGAGGGGACACAACGAGUUGGCUGAUCAAGGUUGGAACUGAUGAAGUAAAAACUGGUGGAGUCCCAAACGAAGACAUAGAGGCUACGCUUCAGAUGGUCAGUCAGGGAAGCAGUGAUGGUAGAUCAGCCAUGCCAGGCCCCGUGAGGGUAGCGCCACCAAACAUCAUGGAUCUCUCCAUACAAGACUUCCUUCCCAGAGAGCAUGUAGAGGAUGAUGGUCUAGAGAUGGCAUCUUCAAAUGAUGCAGAUGUUGAUGAUGUCCUGAUUCAGAUUGGAUCCAGUCUGCCAUCUGGGGCAUCAAACAUUCAAGUGCCCUCGCAGAGUCUACCUACCUCCAAUGCUGUAGAUGACAUGCUGGGAUUACCAUCUUCCACAGAUUCUGCAUUAAUUGUAACAUCACAGGCUCACCCCUCAGACUCAGUUGCUGGUGCUAUCCUAUAUUCCCCUUUGACAGGAGUGGAGCAGUCUGUGCGUGCUACCACAAGCACCCGUGGGGGACCUGCUGAUUCACAUUUCAGGGUUGGCUAUGAAUCAACUGGAAUGGAGAUGAAACAAGUUGCUAAAAGCAUUUAUGGGCAUGCUGGGGACUCAUCAUUAGGUGACGUCCUGUAUCCUAGAGAUGAUAAGACCGGGCCUGGGGUGACCUCAACUGGUCUAGAUGUUCCAUCAGUGCAGGACGAUCCAAACCAAGAGGGGACACCAACAUGUCCCUCUGGCUCUGCGAUCUCAAACUCCGCAUCAACAGUAGAACAGUCCAUAUCAGCAACUGUAGCCGCACAUGGCAGGCCUUCUGAUGCAACUGUACAGGGAGUUCAUCUCGGCCAGCUGGGAGGGAAAGAGAAAGUGAAAACAAGAAGUGCUUUUGGACAUGCAGGGGAUUCCACCCUAGGUGAUGUGCUGUACCCUGCAGCUACACAGCAAACUCCAGUUGUACUGGAUAAGGAUUUGGACAGUGUGCUGCCUGUUGGCCAACCAGGCAACACCAGGCCGGAGGUCACUCAGACAGAGACACAAGUCCGUGUAAUAUUUAAACCUCCAAUUGGCCAUGCAUCUGAUUCCACAAUACAGUCUAUGCUAUACCCUCAUGAUGGACAGACAGCAGGUGUCAUCAAGCAGCCAGGGAAAACUAACAUUGUUGCUGUACAUCACGGGCAUCACCCAUCAGACUCUACAGCACAGAAUGUUAUAUAUGGUAGAGGAGGGAGUGGUGGACUGAAAGGUGAUGAGAUGGACACACAAACAGUUGACAACACAGACAGUGGGCAUCCUACAGAGGACAAGGUGGUCAUUCUCUGGACUAGUCAAGGGGUGGAACCAUUACAGGAUAACUUUGAAGCCCUUGACAAGCCACCGAUGCCCGACCUUCUGUCCAACAUUGGUUUCAUGCCAUUGUCAUCAGAGAUAGGCGACUAUGGCUUACAGGCUGCAGAAAGUGAAAGCAUAAAGGCUGUUGAGCUGCAGUCAUUACCUAUCAUCAUGAAGAGAUCAGUCACUACUCCACUCUUGGCUCAAAUUAGUUUGGUCAAUCAGAGCAUUUUGGACUACUUCAUGGUGGAGCUAGGAAUCAGCAAGCACUUCAGAUCUCUCCGGAGUUUCUUGUUUCUGGAGGAUGGGGAGUUUGGCCAAUCACUCUGCGACCAGCUCUUUGACAAGCUUUCUCAAGGAAUGAGACCCAAUGAGUUACUGACACCCAUCGUCCUGAAUCCAGUCCUAGCUAGGGCCAUUCAGAACUCAGCCAGCAGGGAGUCUCAGUAUGCUAGCAACCUGGGCUUCAGCUUGAAAUAUCUCCCACAUCACUUCAAACCAAAUGCUAUUGAUACAUUUGAUUGCUUGGAGCUACGAUACAGGGUUGACUGGCCUUGUAACAUUGUCAUAACGGAUACCUGCCUGGCCAAAUACAACCGAGUCUUCUCCUUCCUGCUUCAACUGAAGCGCAUCUCAUGGGUCCUGAGGGAUAUCUACUUCCAGCUUAAGAGAAGUGCCAUGGUGAGCCAUGCUGAUAACUCACCACAGUUUCGGCAACUGCAACUGUUCAGACAUGAGAUGCAGCACUUUGUGAAUGUCAUGCAGGGGUAUGUGGUGAAUCAAGUCAUCCAUGUUUCUUGGGAAGAGUUCCAGAGACAACUAAAGACUGAGGUGUAUAACCUUGAUGACCUUCACCAGAAACAUGCCGAGUAUCUCAACAAGGCUGUCUUCAGAUGCCUUCUGAACAAGAAAGCUGUUCCUGUCAUGAAGAUCAUAUUAGACAUCUUGUGUCUGAUCCUCAAAGUCCGUACACAACUUGUUGCCUCCUCCUGGGUCUAUGACAAAGAGACAAAGCAAGCCUCUCAUCCUGGCUUCCAUACCAUCAAGAUGUCUUACCUAGCCUUCAAGGAUUACUCAGAAUUCCUCUACAAAGUGGUUGCCAAACUGGUCACACGUGGAUACCAACCCCACUUGGAGGAGUUCAUGCUGAGGCAAUUUAACGACUUUUACAAAGACUCUUAGUGCUUCAAAUCCAAAAUAUGCCAGAGGUGGUCAAAUGCAGUUACUUUUUCUUUUCUUUUUUUUGAGCUGGUGUGACAUGUUUCCUGCAGUCAAUGAGUGAGACAGUUAUCUAUGUAUUUGAAAUCUUGUCUGAUACAAAUCUUAUUGAGAGUUGGUCAUGCCAAGUACACAAGUUCCGUACAACCAAAACUUCCACGUUUAACAGCUAGUGGUGGCCUACACAAUCAAGUCAAACAAAAUUUGAAGUUGAAAUACUUUGAAAUAAAUAACCGAGUUCCAUUUUACACUGU